UCUUCUUCUUUGGUCUUCUAACUUUCAGAGUAAGGCCUCUCCAAUUCAAAAAGUUCACAAAUAUUAAAAGAAAAAAAAAAUCAAAAUUAUAAAUCUGUUGUCUCUUCUCCCUGAUUUGUCUCUUCUUUCAUCUUCCUUUGUCAUCUCCUCUGAUACACAUUGUGUUCUCCAUCUCAGAAACCCUAGAUUUCUCCAUUAAAUCUAACUGUAGGAGAAGCCACUUACUUACUUACUUUCCCCUGUUUUCUUAAUUCCAAAUCUGUAAUCGAGUUCUUAGUGAUACUCAAGAUUUUAACUUCUUUUUGUUUUUUUUUAGGUUUCAUAGAAACAAUUUGGAUCUUGAAAGCUGAUUGAUUACUGGGGUUUUUUAAUGCAUGGACGGAAGAGAAGCAAUGGCAUUUCCAGGCUCGCAUACUCAGUACUAUCUUCAAAGAGGAGCCUUUCCCAAUCUUACACCUUCCCAAGUCGCGAGUGGUCUUCACGCGCCACCGCCGCCACCACCUCCGGGGUUUAGGCCAAUGUCAAACCCUAACAUUCAUCACCCUCAGGCUGGGCCUCCUUUCUCCAUGGCUGAGCAGCAGCACAGGCACUCUGAUUUUGGGCACAGUAUUCACAUGGGGAUGGGUUCCUCUGCUUCUGCUGCGGAGUUGCAGCCGCCACCGCCACCGCCACCGGCGGGGACACCGACGGCUAGGAAGAAACGUGGACGGCCGAGAAAGUAUGCUCCUGAUGGACAAGUCUCUCUAGGGCUUUCUCCAAUGCCUUGUGUUAGUAAUAAUAAGUCUAAGGACUCAUCUCCAAUGUCUGAUGACCCUAAUGCACCCAGACGAGCCAGAGGUCGACCUCCUGGAACUGGAAGGAAGCAACGCUUGGCUACUCAUGGUGAGUGGAUGAAUGCAUCAGCUGGAUCUGCUUUUGCACCUCAUGUGAUCAGCGUUGAAGCAGGAGAAGACAUUGUUGCGAAAAUUGUGUCAUUUUCACAACAAAGACCUCGAACUCUUUGUAUAAUGUCAGGCACUGGAACAGUUUCUUCAGUCACUCUCCGUCAACCCGCUUUAACAACACCUCACUUAACAUUCAAGGGACGUUUUGAUAUUCUAAGUUUAGGUGGAUCGUAUCUGGUGAAUGAUGAAGGUGGAUCCAAAAGUCGAACAGGCGGGUUGAGUGUCUCUCUUUCUGAUGGCGAUGGCGAAGGUCGUGUUAUUGGCGGUGGAAUUAGCAUGCUUAUCGCAGCCAGCCUCGUUCAGGUGGUGGCUUGUAGUUUUGUAUAUGGAGCAAGUGCAAAGUUUUAUAAUACCAAUUACAACAAGACCAUCAGACAAGAAAAAGAACCAAAGGAAGAGCACAACAAUAGCGAUUUGGAGAGCACACCGUGUAGUGCACCAGAAGCUGCAGCAUCGGCGGGUCAGCAGACGCCACCAAACUUCUCAGCUGCUCAGGGAAUGAGCGAAUGGCCUGGUUCUGGAUCAGGCUCAGGAAGGUCACUAGAGUCUAGCAGAAACCUACUUACUGAUAUUGAUUUGACUCGCGGAUGAUUCAAAACCAAAAAAAAGCAUUAUUAGUCUCUUAAGCAGCAGCAGCAUACAUAGUGCUGUACAUAUCUUUGUUGUUGUAGAUUUCUCUCUCUGGGAAUGUUAAAACCAGACAUUUCAUGAUUGAGAAGGGAUUUCUCAGUUCCUUCUAACAUUGUUAAUGUAACUGAACUCCCUGCUUUCAGGCUAUUUAAGGAGAUUUUAACUCUUUGUUUUUCUGUGUUCACCAACAACUUCAAUAGUUGUGUUGUUCACUGAAAGACUAGUGUAUUUGGUCGCCAGCACGGCCACCCCAAAGUUUAACUAGUGAGAGAAAUCCUUUGAUU